AUGUCGGCCCGGAAGCUCGGGGGAGGGAGGAUCAUAGGAAACGGAAAAGGUCUUGCACCGCCCCAGCCUCAAACUCGACCAUCAAAGCCGCGGGCUCGAGAGACCAGCCCCUAUGCGCCCUCGGACGCCUCCUCUACCGACCACUAUUCCACCUCCCAAAACUCCAUCUCCCCGCCCUCAUCAUCCACCCCCAUCGCCGACUUUGGGCCCCAGGACCUUGCCUCCAGAAUCAGUAUCGGCGGCCCUUCCGAUGCCGGCGCCUCCAGCGCGAGGCUGGUGUGUCCCAUAUGUGACGAGGAGAUGCUGACGCUGCUCCAACUCAACCGCCACAUCGAUGAUAAUCACCAGGAGCUUCCUGAAGUGCAACAGGAUGAGGUCAAGACGUGGUUCGACAAGCAGGUCCUCAAGGCCAAGCGCUUCCAGCCGCUGUCGCUGAUCAAUUCCAAACUACGAGGCCUCGAAGUGUUCGAGCCAAACGAGAUGCAACCCAUCGCACCGCCCCCGAGCAUCUCUGGGCCCAGGCCACCGCUCGAUACCGUUGUCGACCCAGACGAGAUGGUGACACGAAAACACUGGCAACGGUCGACUGGAAAUGACAGGGGCUACUGGUGCCGAGUGUGCGAGACUUGCUACAAGUCUAGAGAGGGUUACAACGAUCACAGCGGUGUCAUGGUGGAUCAUACCGAUGCUUUUGUCGCAACAAGGAGGAGGAAGGUGGAGAGACAGAACCUCGAAAUCCAGAGGCUGGAGAAGCGGUUGACCAAGUUGACCCAGCUGCUGGCCUACCCUCCUGACGAGGCAGUUGGAGGUGGAGGGGGGUUGUUGUCGCCAGUCACGACGUUAGCCGGACAGAAGAAUGCUCGGAAACAGCUCGAGCAGUCUGUUGUGACAUGGGAGGAAGAUGUCAACGUGCCCCGGUGCCCAUUCUGCCAGCAGGAGUUCUCCUGGUCCUUCAGGAGGCAUCAUUGCCGGAUGUGUGGCAGAGUUGUCUGUGCAGAUUUGCAGACGGGCUGCUCUAGUGAGGUUGGCUUGAACGUCAACAAGCCACUAUCCAACGGGACCGGUAACGAGAAGCCCAACACACCCAAGGGUCACCACAUCAGUGUCGAUGUGCGGAUGUGCCGCGACUGCAAACACACGAUAUUCUCCAAGCGCGACUUUCAAGACGCAGUCUUGUGUAAGCCGCCGGAUCAAAGGGCCUAUGAGACACUUCGCCAGUUUGAGCGCGGCAUCCGACUUCUAAUGCCGUCGUUCCAGAGGGCGCUCGUGGCACUCCAGCCGCCAGAGGAUGACUUAUCGCUGGACCGACCACCGCCAUCGCACGCACAGAUCCAAGAAGCGAACAAACUGCGCAAAAGACUGACAGAUAGCUUUGCAAAAUAUCAUGUCGCGGCAAAGCGGAUCCGCGACAUGAAGACCGCAAGCCCCACACAGCUCAGGCUUCAGAAGAACGUGUACACAGCCGCAAGCUCCUUUCUGCACACGUACAUGCUACCCAUGAAGAGCUUACCCAGCAUGCUGAAGAGGAACCUGGGUAAUCCGGGCGGCUCUGGUAACCACCGGCGGCUCCUGGGCGCCACUGAUCGGCACGGCAGCUCUGGUUCGGUGCCUGGGGCGUUCUCUCCCUUGCGCAAAGGCGAGUCUGCCGAGCCUGGCUCGGAGACGGCCAGCCUUGGCGGGGCGAGUGAAACGAGCACAGCAGUGUCUGCGCUCGAGACGGAGGAGAAGGAACUACGGGAGAGACUGGUUGUGCUGGAGGAGCAGAGGUUCCUUGUGCAGGAGAUGGUGAAUAAUGCACGCGCAUCGAGACGAUUUGAGGAGGUCAGUGCGCUGAACAAGAACGUGGAGGAAUUGGACCGCGAAAUAAAUGCUCUGAGCAACGCCGUGGACGGCGUGGAACACCGGUGGGAGGGGUUUUAUUCCCAGGGGGCAACUGCGUGA